AUGACAUUCGCUAUGCCAUCGGCUAGCGAGACAUUUGACAAUACUCAAUGGACUUGGCUUGGGGUUCGGGCCUUGUCCAAGAUGGAAGGAAGAUAUUCAGAUGCCGGUACGCAUGGGUUGCGACCCCAUGCAAUGCAUAGAUGGUUAUGUGGGACAUUCGGAAUACAUAUGUCGCCAAGGCUUAGGCGACAUGCAAGUAUGACAGCUUGUGUGUAUAACUUGAGGAUGUGGGCUAUCGUGGACGAUGAAGGCAUGACCGACAAAAGUGUGGCGUCAAGGGUUCGUUGCCGGAUGCGGAGUGAUUGUAUUGUCACAAGUGGGAGAAGGCUGACUGGGAUCCGAAGGGAUCCUGGGUCACACGGGUGUGCUUUGAGUGGUGAAAUUUGUGUUUCGCUUCUGCCGCGCUGCGCCGCUCGCUCAUCCCGUGACACUAUGGUGCUCAAAGCAGCCAUAGAGCCAAAGCCGGUCCUGGGUUUUCUAAAGCCUAUGGUCGUAAAGAAUGACGUUUCCUAUAGUCAUGUCACUCUGAUGCUAGUCUUGAGCAAAAUGGCCACAGCAACAAAGCUACUGCUAACAGACCUCAUGUCCGGUGUGAACCAUGUCCCCUCAAACUACGUUAGGCCCAUCUCUGACCGUCCAAAUCUCCGUGAUGUUCAGAUAUCAGAUGCCUCCUCCAUUCCUCUCAUUGAUCUCAAGGACCUCCAUGGCCACAACCACUCUAAUAUUAUCGAACAGAUUGGCCUAGCUUGCCAAACUGAUGGUUUCUUUCAGGUGAAAAAUCAUGGGGUGCCAGAGGAAAUGAUCAAAGACAUGUCAAGUAUAGCAAGAGAGUUUUUCAAGUUGCCAGAGAGUGAGAGGUUGAAGAUGUACUCAGAUGACCCUUCAAAGACCACAAGGCUUUCCACUAGUUUCAAUGUCAGGACUGAAAAACUUUCCAACUGGAGGGACUUUCUGAGACUCCAUUGCUACCCUCUUGAAGAUUAUGUCCAAGAAUGGCCUAACAAUCCCCCAUCAUUCAGGGAGCAAGUGGGUGAGUAUUGCACAAGUGUGAGAGGGCUGGUACUAAGAUUGCUUGGGGCCAUAUCAGAAAGCUUGGGCUUAGAAAAGAACUAUAUUGUUGAGGCAAUAGGCAAGCAAGGCCAGCAUAUGGCUUUGAAUUACUAUCCACCCUGUCCAGAACCAGAGCUUACAUAUGGAUUGCCUGGACAUACAGAUUGUAACCUAAUCACCAUCCUUCUCCAAGAUGAAGUGCCUGGAUUGCAGGUCCUUAGAAAUGGCAAGUGGGUUGCUGUCAACCCCAUUCCCAACACUUUUAUUGUCAAUAUUGGUGAUAUGAUGCAGGUAAUUAGCAAUGAUAAGUACAAAAGUGUGCUGCACAGAGCUGUGGUUAACUGCAACUCAGAGAGGAUAUCAAUUCCAACCUUCUACUGUCCAUCACCUGAUGCAGUGAUUGCGCCAGCCAAGGACCUGAUCAGCCAUGAUCAACCAGCCAUGUACAGGAACUUUACAUAUGCUGAAUACUUUGAGAAAUUCUGGAACAGAGGACUUGCAACUGAGUGCUGCUUAGACUUGUUCAAACCCAACUGA